GGGUGGGGUGAUGGCUCUCUUGUUUGCUCCGUGUCCACCCCAUCAUGGCUGGUGCGGACCAGAAAGAAGGAGCGUCCUCGCCCUUGUGGUACCCUCCUCCCCUGCACCACCACCACCACCAACAGCAGGAGCCUCACCCCCACUAUGUCCUCCUCCUCCCCGCACCGCCUCGCUACACGCGCGCACGCCGCUACUGCUCUAAUGCCUGGGCCUGCGCCUCCCUCGUGCUCCUCUUUGCCUUGCUGUUCUUCUUUCUCUGGCCCUCUAAACCCCAAAUCAGGGUUGCUCGAGCCUCUCUUAACCAUGUCCACUUCUCCACUGAUCAAUCCUCCAUUUUUCCUUCUGUAUUGAUGGAUAUAUCGAUGGAUCUCACACUUAGGGUUAGAAACAGGGAUUUUUUCUCCUUGGAUUAUGAGAGGGUGGUUGUUUGGAUUGGUUAUAGGGGUCGCAAGCUUGGGUUUGUGAGGUCGGAGGGUGGCGAGCUGAAGGCACGGGGCAGUUCAUAUGUGAAUGCGACUCUGCAUCUUAAUGGGAUUCAGGUGCUUGAGGAUGCUUUCUAUCUUAUUGAGGAUUUGGCAAGGGGAUCCGUCCCUUUGUAUACAAUUACUGAGUUUAAGGGGCACCUACACAUCCUCAACUUUCGAAUGCCCUUGCAGGCGGAAGUGUCAUGUGAGAUAUAUGUUGAUGCAGGUAGUCAAACUAUUGUGCGUCAAGAUUGCUGAGCUCAUGCUGGUACUUGACUAGGUUUGAUUAAUAAAGUGCCGGUUUGAAUUGCUUUCUGACUCAAAUGUACUCCUUUCUGUCCCGGCUAUCAGAGGACGUGGGUGAUCGCACAUUGUGAUGUAUUAUUUCUGGUUUGGAUCCUUCUGACUUUACGGAUCACUUCUGAUUUAUGUAUAGAUAAGUGAUACUUAGUGCAUGUACUGUAUAUAAAACAAUAGUACAAAACUGAUAGUACAAUGGCUUAUUAUAUUGGUUUCUAUUUUUAAAUGUCUUAAGCUCAACGAACAAUCAUAAAAGAAAAAGCUCAUUGGACAAUUAUAAAAAAGUCUUUGAUUUACGGGCU